GUCGCGCAGCGGGCGGGGGCGGCAGUGUUGUGGCUAGGGCCGGGGGGGGCUCGGCGGGCGCUGGAGCUGCGGCAGUGGCGGAGUCAGCGCGGCCGCCGCCAUGCCCGGCAUCGACAAGCUCCCCAUCGAGGAGACGCUGGAAGACAGCCCCCAGACCAGGUCUUUGCUGGGAGUAUUUGAAGAAGAUGCUGCUGCAAUUUCCAAUUAUGUCAAUCAGUUAUUUCAAGCCAUGCACAGGAUAUAUGAUGCACAGAAUGAAUUAAGUGCAGCAACUCAUCUGACUUCGAAGCUUCUGAAGGAAUAUGAGAAACAGCGUUUUCCACUAGGGGGAGAUGAUGAAGUGAUGACUUCCACUCUACAGCAAUUUGCAAAAGUGAUAGAUGAGCUCAGCUCUUGCCAUGCAGUACUUUCAACUCAACUCGCAGAUGCAAUGAUGUUUCCUAUUACCCAGUUUAAAGAAAGGGAUCUUAAAGAGAUAUUAACUCUAAAAGAAGUCUUCCAAAUUGCAAGCAAUGAUCAUGAUGCUGCCAUUACCAGAUAUGGUCGGUUGUCAAAAAGAAGGGAAAAUGAAAAGAUCAAGGCUGAAGUUAUGGAAGAUGUAUAUACUUCAAGGAAAAAACAGCAUCAGACUAUGAUGCAUUAUUUCUGUGCAUUAAAUACUCUUCAGUACAAAAAGAAAAUUGCUGUGCUAGAACCCCUGCUGGGAUACAUGCAGGCUCAGAUAAGUUUUUUUAAAAUGGGUUCAGAAAAUCUUACUGAGCAGCUGCAAGAAUUUUUGACCAACAUCGGCACAAGUGUACAGAAUGUUCGCAGGGAAAUGGAUUGUGAAGUAGAAAACAUGCAACAAACUAUAGAGGAUUUGGAAGUAGCUAGUGAUCCACUGUAUUUGCCUGAUCCGGAUACUACGAAAUUUCCUGUUCAUAGAAACCUAACACGGAAAGCUGGCUAUCUCAAUGCAAGAAAUAAGACAGGGCUGGUAUCUUCCAGUUGGGAGAGACAGUUUUACUUCACUCAAGGUGGAAAUCUGAUGAGCCAGGCAAGAGGUGAUGUAGCUGGGGGACUUGUCAUGGAUAUAGACAAUUGUUCUGUGAUGGCUGUGGACUGUGAAGACAGACGGUACUGUUUUCAGAUAACGUCCUUUGAUGGCAAAAAGUCUUCAAUCUUACAGGCAGAGAGUAAAAAAGAUUACGAAGAGUGGAUAUGCACCAUAAACAACAUAUCUAAACAGAUAUAUCUAAGUGAAAACCCUGAGGAAAUUGCUGCACGUGUAAAUCAGUCAGCUCUGGAGGCUGUUACUCCAUCCCCUUCUUUCCAGCAGAGGCAUGAGAGCAUGCGGCCAACUGUACAAUCUCGUCCUCCUGCACCUCGUACGAGCAGCACAGGGUCACUGGGAUCUGAAUCAGCGGGUUUAUCAGCACUUUCCUUGGAUUCACUUGUUGCACCUGACACUCCUAUACAAUUUGACAUAAUAUCUCCAGUUAGUGAAGAUUUUCCUGGUCAAACAAAAUCUUCAGGGCAAUCAGGCAGACGCACAAAUCCUUUUGGUGAAUUGGGAGGCUCAAAAUCUGAAACAGAAGAUUCAAUUCUUCAUCAGUUAUUUAUUGUAAGAUUUCUUGGCUCUAUGGAGGUGAAAUCUGAUGAAAGUCCAGAUGUUGUUUAUGAAACAAUGCGUCAAAUACUGGCAGCUCGUGCCAUCCAUAACGUUUUCCGGAUGACAGAAUCACAUUUAUUAGUCACAUGUGACUGUUUAAAGUUAAUUGAUCCACAGACACAAGUUACAAGACUACGAUUUCCUUUGCCCAAUGUAGUCUUGUAUGCUACACACCAGGAGAAUAAGCGCCUUUUUGGAUUUGUGCUCAGAACCUCAGGAGGGAGAGUUGAGAGCCGCCAGACUUCCAUCUGCUAUAUAUUUGAAUCAAACAACGAAGGGGAAAAGAUUUGUGACUCUGUUGGACUGGCAAAACAGAUUGCUUUUCAUGCAGAACUGGAUCGAAAAGCAUCAGAAAAGCAGAAAGAAAUCGAUAGAGUCAAAGAGAAACAACAAAAAGAACUGAAUAAACAAAAACAAAUUGAAAAGGACUUAGAGGAGCAAAGCCGGUUGAUAGCUGCCUCCAGCAGAUCCAACCAGAACAGUGGAGAAGGACAAUUUGUAGUCCUUAGCAGUAGCCAGUCGGAAGACAGUGAUUUAGGAGAAGACGGAAAGAAGAAGAGAGAAUCUGAAGCCUAAGGUUGCCUACUUUAUUAAAAUUGGAAUCAUGGAUCGAUCUGGUGAAAUGGCACGAGUUCUACAAGAAGUCAAAUGCAGGUGGAGGGUCUGUUGUGUCAUAUAAAAGACUUCACAAUAUGUAGACCCUAUUAUGCCUUGAUCAUUCUUUCUCAAUUAAGUGAUUUCCAGUUUCAUGUCAGUAUAAUUUCUCUUCUGUAUGCCAUAUGUAGCAUGGUGAUGCUACCAUGUUUAUUGCAAAAUCAUGUUUUCUCAAGGCUUCUCUGCAGUAAGGAAAAAACGGUGGGGUUUCUUCUCCACUUACCUCUCUGUGCAAUUGACUGCUCUGGAAGCAAAACUCAAAACUCUCAUUGGACUUCAACAGUACACUGAAAUGUGUUCUUUACAUUGCAGUGUGGACAACCUUGCUGAAAACAAAAAGGGAUGUCUAAAUAUGACAGUGCUAAGCUUUACCUAACUUGUUGCACAUAACUGUUCUUAGAUUUAGAAGGAAGAAUCCUUAAUACCAUCAGUGAGAUGUGCAGUAGUUCUAGACAGAAGGAUCUUAUUUUUUGUUGCAUAUUGCACUGUAUGAUACUGUCUUGAUUUCUUCGGUGAAUAUAAUGCUGAAAGACUUGUUUCACCAGGAGGAAAAAAUACUAUCAGAGCUAGGUAGAAGCUGAUGAGAUGCAGUUGCACUUUGCUGCAUGAGGAAUGUAUAAAGCAUUCCUUAUCAAAUGAUAAGAAUAAUGUAUAUACUCUUGUAGCACAAGUGCCAUGUUCUUGGUUUUUCCCCAGUAUGUGUAAUGAAAAGCUGUAAGCCUUUGAGUUCACUUUUUAUAAAACAGUCUUAGAGUUGCAGGAACAUCUUGAAUUCCAUAAUUUUAAAAAUCUUCUGCAUCUGUAAAUGCCUUGCCACCAGUGCAGUACAUUUACUGAAAAGGAGUUGAGGCUCUCUAAGUCUUUUGAUGGAAAUUGAUUUUGCAAACAGAAUGUACUAGCUCUGAAGUAAGGGGCUAUGCUAAUCCUACAUCCUAGAGUCAGUCCUGUAAUAUGUGUUUCAAAGCAGUAUCUGUUUACAGCUUGUAAUCUGAACUCCAUAUUCCAUACCCUAUGUAAUAUUUAUUUUGUAUAGUACUAAAUGUGCAUUCACCUUUUGCUCCAGAAGAGAAAACUUGUUUGAAGAGAAAUAUUUAUUUUUGCACUAAUUACUAUAUAAAUACUAAAAUCCAGUGGAACAGAAUAUAUCUCUCUAAUAGUGGCAUGAAAAUAACAAAGUAUAGAAAGAGAAGAAUAUACUUAUACUCCAAGUUAUAAUAUAACAGUUAUGAGUGUUUUACAGUUCAUUGCAGGGCAUUUCUGGUGUUCAGGAAUGGAAGCAAUUUUCAGAAUACCUCCCCAUCAGCUGGUGAUGGCCCAGCCCUUCAUAGCUGGAGCUGCUCAGUGCCGAUACAGUACAGGAGGAAUCUCAGGACCUCUCUGCUCGAUGCCUGUAGAUGCAGGGAGGGAUCAGUGUCCUUGGCCCUCCUCACGCGCUGGAGUGGCCCCGUGCUGGCAGCAGUCUCCUUUCAGUGCAGAAGUUCCUGGCCUCUGGCUCCUGUCACAGGAGAUAAGGGGGAGCAGGGCUGCCCUUGCAGCGCUCGGCAGGACUGACGGAGUCCGCUGCAGCAGGAGCAGAGCUCCUGGAGCACCGCAGCCUGGGGAAGGGCUUCAGCAGCUGCAGAAGGGGUCACAGUAUCCCUGCCUUGAGAGAGGAGGGGAGGCUGAGUCUCCACGUUCUCUUCCUGAGUCAGUUAGCAACUCCUGCUCCAGUACAUUUUUUUGUCCCCAGAGUAGCCUGUCACUUGCAGAAAUAGCAGCUUUUGCUGUUGCCCAGUCAGACCAGAUGGCAUUGCCCUGUGGCCAGAUUUGGCUAGCACACUGUCACAUGGACCACACACAUCUGAGGUGUAUGUCUAAAAAAAGAGUGGCAUUUUUAUUUCGUAUAUAGUCUUCUGUUGUUUGCUCUCAUCCGUAGGACACUUCAAAUUCUUGCCAACAAAAAUGUACAGAGGCAGCAAACCCAAUUUUUUCCCUUUAUGUGCCUAAAUCUUGGCUUACAGAUCAUUGCAUGGCAGCCACGUUGUGUCUGCAGAUCACUCCAGUUCACGUUUCUCUGUUUGUCUGUUGGUUUUCACUUACUGAUAUUUCUCUUUUCUAUCAUCAAACAAAAUGACAGCAUAGCUCUAGGUUACUGGGUCUUACUGUAUCUUCCUCAGGUACAUGCUGAAGAUGAAGUAGUUUUGGAACAGCACAGGAAGAAUAGGAAAUUGGUGGUCUCCAGUUUCUAGAAUGUAGUCACCCAGCCUGUCAGAGCAGGGUGGAUUGUGUUGAGUAGUUUAACUGCAGUAGCCUCAGCUCCAUAUGGAAAAGUGAAUAGAUUAGCAGUCUCAUCAGAAAGCAUUUCUGAUGUAUAGCCUGUUUUGCAUUAGCCUUAUUGAAGAAAUGUCAGAAAAUUGAAUGGCUGCGUUUUUUCUUGAAACCCACUAUUACUAUUUUAGACAUAAAUCUGCCAAGAUGAUGAAGAAAGCAGGAGAGUAAAGUUGGCAGAUGAAUUUGCUGUCAUAUAGGAUUUUUCAGAUUUAGUAAUGCAUGAUGGAAUUACUCCAUUUGCAUAGAUGGAAAGCCUGAAAAGCAAUUAAAUGUAGUUUCUAAAACUGCAUAGGAGUAAAGAGCAUUUUGUUUGUGUUGGAGGAUUCUCAUCCUAACCACUAACAAAAGGGGAAAUGAUUGAAGAGAGUAAAAGAAAACAGACUGAUAUGCAUGAAUGAAAUAAAGGGGGGUGGUUUUGCUUAUUUAGGAGAGUCUCACUGGUGUAAAAUGAGCAAAAAGAUUAAAAAGCAUUUGGGAGAGUGAUGAAAGCUGCAGGAGCAAAAGGCAGGUCAGAAGAGAUGAGGAGGUUAAGAGUGGUGGUGCACUGAGUGAGCAGUGGGGUGAGAAUUGCUGAGUUUUUGCUUAAGGGGAGGAGCACAUGGCUUUUAAGUAGAACCACCUCAAGGCAAAAAAUAGCUGCUGAGGUUUUAUUCAUGGCCUCCUCCCCAAAGUAAAAAACUAUUUAGUACCUUAUUUCCUGUGAGUUUUAGAACUACAGCAUUGGAGAACACUUUUGUUAAUUUAAAAGAAAGUGCUUAGGAUUUUCCUUGAGAGUAUGACUUUUAUGAUCAACACCUCAUGUCCUCCUGGGAACUACUGUGGUAGGAUUUUACCACUUGAGCAUUUUAUUGUUGUAAGUAAAUGACUGGUUGGUUUCCUCACCUGUAAUUUAUUGCUCCUGUUUAAUAUUGCCUUUUACCUACAGACUGAUGUUUCAAGUACUUCCAGCUGAAGCUGUAGUUUGCUUCAUGUACAUCUACUAGUAUUUCAGACACCCCUGAAAAUACUCUUUCAAGUACCUGAUUUUAAAGUGACUUUGCAUUGGUACUGCAGCCACAGUGUUGUUGAGGACUAAUUUUUUAUGUUGCUAAUUGCGAUCUUGUAGUUACUGCCACAUCUUCCCCCUUAGCUAAGGGGAUAUCGAGUUUGUUACACUAGGUAAAUUUACACGAUGCAGACCAAGCAAGUCUUGCAGCCCACUGUUCCAAGCUACAUACAUUCUUUAUGUAUGUAAUGGCAUGGAUAUAUCAAAAGUAUGCUUAUAGGAAUGCAUUUUAUUGCAUUACAGAUAAUACUCAGCACUCCUCUGUGGCCACUAACAGCUUUCUCCAAGUUUAAAUCAAAGACAAGUUAAGAGUCAUAUGCAGCAUAGCCAUAUAUAACUGGUUAUGAGCAGGCAGUGUAAACUAAUUUGGCUAUGAUAGUCUGUCAUACUUCCUUCAUCUGUUUAGGUUUGAAAUUGUAUGAAGACAAUUGACUGUCUAACAAUGAAGUAAUAUUUAAGAGUUAAGGAACGUUCCCCCUCUACAGUGCUGUCACAUUUCAUCUUUACAUAGAUGUAAACCCAGAGCUAAAAAUUUUGAAACAGCUGAAGCUAUUUUUGCAGAUACAAAUUAUGUACAUUGAUAUAAAGAAGCAAAUGUGACUGCACGUAAGUUUGAGGUAAAAUCUGAUCAAUUAGUUGCACAGAAUUUGGGAGAAGCCAAUGGAGAAAACUAUGUUAUGAUAUAGUCUCUUGUUAUUUCAGAAAUAAUUCACAUAGAGAAAGAAAACCUGCCUCUGCUUAGUGAAUUUAGUAGAGAUAUUGUCUAGUCUAACAGUGAGAGCUGGUAUUUUAUAUUCUUUCUGCUGCUCUAUUUUACAGAAUAUGUUGCAAGUCAAUCAGUCUCCGAGGCUUUUCUUUUUAACCCAGCAGUAAGUUGAUUUUUCUUUUUUUCCUUGCCACAGUGGUAUCUAAGUUGUCAUGACAAGAACAAGUCAGUGUGUCAUUGUGAAUGCACUUGUAUUCCUAAUGAAGUUUAUAUUGCAAGCCAAGGAUUUUGUAGAAUCUUUCAGGUCAUUUUUAUAAUAGAGUGAUCAAAUCCUUAUGAUGAUGUUCUGGAUUGGUCCUGUUCUAGUGAAGUCUAAGUGAUUUUUGCAAUGUUUGAGACUGACUUGCACACUUUCCCUGAAUAGCUGUAUUAAAAACCUCCAGUGGCAUAUUUGUGUCAACUUUGAUUGUUGUAUAAUCUUGGAAACAUGGAUAGUAAACCUGCUGUGCCAGGGCUUCAGUCAAUGUUUUGUUGAUUAAAUAAAAGUUUAACUAUA